CUUGGCCUAGGAAACAUGGCGUCUCACUGACAGCUUGCGGGGCUUCCAUUAUCUGGUUGGCCACCGAUAACCAGAGGAGCAGGACCACCGACACUGCGCUUUUUACGGUUUUCUCCAUUCCCUCUCCUUUAUCCUUGUCGCUUCGCCGGCCCGCUCGGGAUCCCGAACUGAGCCGUGCAAGAAGUAGCGUUCGCGGCCGCAGUCACGCCCACCGCGUUAGUGAGAAAGCGGCGGAGAAGCAGCCCGCUCCUGCGCUAGCAUUAGCAUCCCGGCUAAGCCGCGGUGUCCGGCGCCGUCGGCUGACGCCCUGUCCCGUUUUUCGCCUUCCUCUUCUGUUACUGACAGCACCAUGUAUGUCGCGUAGAGCCCUCCCCCUACCGUCUAGGAGCACCUAAAAUAUUAAAAAUUAUAUUUAAUUUUUUUUUAAUGUUCGAUCCGUCUGGGCUUUGCUUCGGAGGAGAGACAUGGGCUCCGGCGCUGCCGACUCGUCCCAGUGGCUGUCGGUGAAGGAGGAGACGAUCUUUCUGCACGAUGGGCUCAUUCGGGUCACAGACCUGGCCGAACUGCCCAGUGAGAUCGGGGUUUCGGAACAAGGGGACGCUGAACAGGAGAUUCUCACUUUUGAGACGAAGAACCCGGCGGAGCUGGCCGAGCGCCUCCGCGCCGUCUGUGGGAACCAGAGCAAUGCUUACGCCCGUCUGCUGGAGUAUCGGCUCAAUGCACUGCGCGGCCUCUGGGGGGCGCAACGGCAGCUGGCCCUGGAAGAGCAGCAGGAGCGGGAGGGUGCUGGCGACGAGGAAGCGCUGGCCCUGCUUAAGCGACAGGGCCUGUUGCAACAGCCCGAGCAGGCACCCUUCACAUCGCGCGUGGGCCUCCUGCUGGUCUUCCCCUUGCUGCAGUCGCAGUCACGGAGCGACCCGGCGCUCUGUGGCGUCACCGCUGAGGUACUGCUGGCCUGCCUGCGUGACUGUCAGCCGCUCAGCCUGAGCAAGGAGCCCGCCGACUGCCUCAGUGGCCUGGAGGGCCUUCUCUGCUCCUGGCUGGAGGACGAGGAGGCGCCGGGCCAGAGGCAGCAGCGACCCGCCAGCCUCCAGCCUCACGCCCGCCGCCAGCGAGAGAAUGCCGCCGCCGCCCUAGUGGCACUCGCCUGUGCUAGGGGCUCACUGAAGACCUUCAUCCACACAGUGCACCUCUUACAGAAGCAGACAGACCUGGGGCAGCUUCCAGUAGCCGACGUGUUGUACAGGCUGCUGCUGCUCGAGGGAGGGCCGGGAUCGCCGUCAUGCCUGCUGGGCAGCAAGCACAGCGUCUCCUGGGGUUUCGAGGAUAUGCUGCCAGCACCAGACAGCACUGCGGCAGGCUCUGAGAGCAAAGACACGGACCUGGGGCGUUGCCUAGCCACGGAUGGACUCUAUCUGUACACCACCAACUCCAUUGGGAAGGGGAUCAGCAAGCUGGGCUCUGGCCUUCAUGGGACUCUGCGAGGCUUUGUGUACUGUCGCAAUGAGGAGCUGGAGCCUGGCUGGGUGGUGUUCGGCAGUGGGCGCCUUCUCCAUCGCCCCGCCUCCUUCGAUGCCAAGCCUCAUCAGCUGUGCCAGGUCAUCGACCAGUUCAGCCUCCAGGUGUGCCAGAUCGUACCCAUGCCUGCUCACCAUUUCCCUGUGGGCAGCAACAUGACCACCUUACACCUCUGCUCUGAUGGGACCUACCUGUACUGGAUCUGGUCUCCAGCCAGCCUCAAUGAAAAGACUCAGAAGGGCCACUCGGUUUUCAUGGAUGUCUUUCAGCUGGUGACUCGGACAGGCCUCUGCGAGGCGGAAGUCCUGCAGGAGCGGGUUAUCCUGACGCGCAAGGAGGGCGAGUCCUCAAAAUGUCUGAACGACCUGCUUCUGUCACGCAUGUCGCGCUUCCGUGCCUCGCACUCCGCCACACUGGCCGCGCUCACAGGCUCCGCCCUCACCAACACGGUGAAGGAGGAGCAGUCUGCAGUGAAUACCAGCUGCGGGCUGCCCCUUAAGACGCUGCGCAGGACCCCCAUGUAUGUGUGCGGCACCUACCUGGUGAUGCUGGCAUCACCCCCCGGGGUGUCUGGGAGCUCGGCCACGCGCUCCUUGUUCGGGGGCAGCAGCGGCCUUUCAUCGCUGAAGAUCCUGGCCUCCAGCCUGGUGUUCAGUCUUGCGGAUGGGCAGUUCAGCAGCCGAGCCGACCUCAUCGACGCCCCGGGCAGCUCUCUGGGCCGUGGGGCGCAGGUUCCAGGCCUCGGGGCUUGCUAUGAUACCCUCAACAACCUUAUCUGGACAUGCUCCAGCGACUACAUGGACCAGUGGUGUAAUCCUGGCAACCAGGCCUUUCAUCAUGUAUGCCACAGGCUGGGUGUCAGCCACAUCAUCAAGGAACCCAAGGCAGAGGAGACGGUGCCCACGAGCGAGGUGAUCAGCCAGCUGCUGCACCAUGUGGGCGCCAUGUGCAUCCACCAGCUGAACGUGCUGGCGGCCAGCGGUGGCGGCCUCCCAGCUGGGGCCUUCCUGGGCAAGCAGCAGCCCAUCGAGGCCCAGCAUUUCAGCAGCAUCUGCGACAUCAUGGAGAAGGCUAUGGUCAACGGGGACACGUGCAUCAUCCGCUGUAUCCUGGUGGUCUUCCAGGUGGUUUUCAGAUUUUUCAAUCCACAGUCAGAGCAGAAUCGUGAAAGUGUACGGCGCUCCGGCCUCCUACUGUGGCAGCUCCUGAUGGCGCCAGCUGAUCAGAUCGGCGCCGAGAUCCAGAGGGAGGUGUGCCUGGCCAUCAGUUCGGGGCUAAACACCUUGUAUCAAGGAGAAACAGAACUAAAUAACCUACUGAAGCUUGUCCUUACAGAAGGGGAACGUAACGGUGGCCUUUCUCAACUGCGGGACGUCAUCCUCACUAACCUCGCCGUGCAGCUGCAGAAGAACCGCUUUGGGAGUGACGAUGAUGACCACUACAGGCUGAGUGACGAGCUCCUCCACUGUAUUCUGAAGACUGUCGUGCGGGAAUCCUGCCUCCUCAUCACCAAGUGUCAGACUAUCACCAAGGAUGACUUCCAGAAGCUUCUCUCCACUGUGCCAGUGGCCUCCCCUAGCCUGCGCUACCUCAUGGCCGUUCAGAACCACCUGCUCAGCAACACGGUUCUGAUCCGCCCCGACGACAGUGAUGACAGCGACAACUCCCUGCAAGGGGAAACAAUGAAGGUACAGGAACUGCAGGCCAGCAUCCUGUCCCUAGCGACCAAGGUGCUGGUUGGCUGCGAUGAGGUGUUGGAGACGCUGCAGCAGGUCACCACUGCCCUGAUCAACAGCGACAUCCCUGACCGGGAGAGCAGGCUGAAGGGUCUGGAACAGGUGACCAAGGCCACCAUGUUGGGCCACCUGCUGCCAGUGCUGCUAACGUCGCUGAUGCACCCCAACCUGCAGACUCUCACCCUGGCCGAUGCCCUCAUGGCUCAGCUGGUUCAGCUGGUUCUCUACACCAGCCAGACUGCAUUGCUGCUGAAGACCCAAUCCCCCCUCUUUACGGAAGAUGCCACACCUACAUCAGGGCCCCCCGGACCGAGGGGGAAGGUGACCCCUGCUGACGACAGUCUGCGGAUCCUGGAGGAACGUGAGGAGCCCGGCUUCCUGACGGGACUGAAGAUCCCAGCACCUUGGGCGGCGGGCAAGACCGUGGAGACGGUGCACCCGGUACGGGACAACUACAAGUUCAAGGAGACUGUGCACAUCCCCGGAGCACGAUGCCUGUACCUCCGCUUCGACCCGCGCUGCUCGUCACAGUACGACUACGACAAGCUGGUGAUCUACGCUGGCCCUAACACCAACAGCCGCAAGGUGACUGAGUACGGAGGCAACACGCUGGGCUACGGCAGCCGCAGCGUCCUGGGCACCGGCUGGCCCAAGGACCUGGUCAAGGUGGAGGGCGACACGGUGACGUUCUCCUUCGAGAUGCGCAGCGGGCGGGAGCACAACACGCCCGACAAGGCCAUGUGGGGCUUCUCCUGCACAGUGCGGGCGCAGCAGGAGUCGUCCGAGGAUGUGUCUGGCGGCCUGCCCUUUUUAGCAGACCUUGCUCUGGGUCUGUCAGUUCUGGCCUGUUCCAUGCUGCGCAUCCUGUACAACGGGCCUGAUGUGACCCGCGAGGAGGUGGCCUGCCAGGACCUGCUCUGCUCAAAGCUGCUGCAGAGGUGCCAGUGGCAGGUAGAGGCCAACGGUGCCAUCUCCCCAGCCCUGACUCCCAGCCCCUCGCCACUGCCGCUCACCAUAGAGGAGGACCGCGAGUUCAUCUACCCCUCGGAUGCACUGAUGCCCCCACCAGGGCUUAUGCCUGGGGCUUAUUUCGACCUGCCACGCAUCCGCCUGCCCCCGGGAAUCAUGAGCCGUCUGCGGGAGGUGUCAGGCAGGGCCAGACCCCAGUUCCGGCCCAGUAUCAAGGAGGUGAUCCGGCCAGAUGUCAUCGAGGAGGUCAUCGUGUCUUGUGUCAUCAAACACCUGGCACUGGUGGAUGCUCUACAGUCUCUAGUCAACUUCCAGUACCGUGAGGAGCACUCCGAGGAACAUGACCUGCUCUGCAAGAUCAUGGCGGAGACCUUCAAGAAGAUCAACGCCAUGGAGCGCCAGCUGCAGAGCGUAGCUGAGCUGGAGCAGAAGUGGCAGGGUGAGGUGGAGGAGGCGCAACAGGGCAAGCUGGAGAACAACAUGCCCUUCUUCUACGAUUACCACUUCUUCGAGAAUAAGAUUAAGGAGCUGGAGCUGCUAUGUUCCCUGAAGGAGGUGCCUUUAGACUGCAGCGAUCUGGAGAACGUGGUUCUGUCCUUGAGGGAGAAGUUCUUCCAGGAGGUGAACUCCCUGCAGCAGAAAGCAGGAGGUCCCCUGGCCAAGACCCGUGCCCUGGUGAAGAGCCUGAUGAACCGUACAGAACUGCUGCUGCAUGUCACCAUCGCCCCCCACUCGCACAGCCUGGCUGGGACACCCUCUGGGACCCCAGCCUGCAAGUCGGUGUCGGACACCAAGUCCACCGUGCCCCCGGUGAAGCAGCCGGUCUUCCUGCGCAGCAUGUCUGCACCCUCUGACCUGGAAAUGAUCGCCAACCAGGAUCUGGAGUUUACACACAGCAGCCAGCGGAGGCGCCACCACCCAACCAGCCACCGCAGCAGCUCGUUCACCCUGCUGCAGUCGCUGACCAUUGAGGACAGCCGGGAUAAGCCCACGUACAGCGUGCUACUGGGCCAGCUCUUCGCAUUCAUCGGCACCACGCCGGACCAGGCCGUGUCCAGCAGCAGCUUCCUGUCGGCUGCGCAGACCCGCUGGAGGAGGGGCAACACUCGCCGGCAGGCGCUGGUGCACAUGCGGGAGCUGCUGACGGCCGCCGUGCGAGUGGGCGGGGUCACUCACUUGGUGGGCCCUGUAACCAUGGUGCUGCAAGGCGGGCCCAGGAUCGAGGAGCUGACGUGCGGGGGCAUGGUGGAGCAGGUCCAAGAGGCCUUUGGAGAGACCAUGACGUCCGUGGUGUCCCUGUGUGCCCGCUAUCCCAUCGCUUGCGCCAAUAGCAUCGGCAUGCUGUGCACCAUCCCCUACACCAGGAGUGAGGAGCAGUGCUUGGUGAGGAGCGGCCUGGUCCAGCUGAUGGACCGCCUCUGCAGCCUCAGCGGGCAGCGCGACAGCAGCUCCAGCGAGAAGCAGACCCGCAGGCAAAAGGUGGCCACCAUGGCCUGGGCUGCCUUCCAGGUGCUGGCCAACCGCUGCAUCGAGUGGGAGAAAGUAGAAGGUGGCUCCACGGAUGCAGUGCAUUCUGGGUUGGCACGGCAAGUAUCCAGUCUUCUAACCAAUCAUCUGGCCCGGGCCACCGAAUGCUGUGGGAACCAGGCGGCUGGGAAUGAGGCUCUGCAGGAUGUGCUGAGCCUCCUCAACGACCUGUCCAGGAGCCACAUAGGAAAGGCUAUACUGAGCCAGCCAGCCUGCGUAUCCAAGCUGCUCUCGCUGCUGCUGGACCAGCGGCCGUCGCCCAAGCUGGUGCUGAUCAUCCUGCAGCUGUGCCGUGCAGCGCUGCCUCUCAUGAGCGUGGAGGACUGCCGCAAUGUGGCUCUGCCGCCCUGGAGCUACUCCAUGCACGCGCUGGACACUGAGCAGCCGGACUCCGGUGACCCGGCCUCGCGCAUCGCCUCCUUGCUGUUGGCCAAACUGGCCGACUACGUGGUGCCAGGUUGCCAGACCCUGCUGUCCCCAAGCUCAUCGGAGCCCGACACCAGCCUGACCCGCCUGAGCCCCAAGGGCUCACUGAAGCCCGACAAGGACGUCGAGGAGGAGGGGGAGGCCGUGGAUGGCAAGCUCUCCAUCUUCAUCCACAAGCGCGAGGACCAGUCGUCCCACGAGGUGCUGCAGCCUCUGCUCAGCAGUUCUGAGGGCCGCCCCUUCCGGCUGGGCACCGGAGCCAACAUGGAAAAGGUGGUCAAGAUGGACCGCGACAUGACCAAGAGCGGGAGCUGCGAGGUGGUGACGGAGGAAGCGGCUGCUGCCCUGCGCAAGGCCACCAAGUGGGCCCAGUCGGGCCUCAUCGUCAGCGUGGGACCCCCAGUGGAGGCGCUGUCCCUGGAGACCGCCGGCGGCGUCACAGCGGGAGACAAGAAGAAGUCGGCUCAGACGGCCGUGUGCCGCGAGAGGAACUCGGAACUGGCCAGGUCAGACCCUGUCAGGCCCUUCAUCAGUGGCCACGUGGCCAAUAGUAUGGCGGCUGAGGUCAUCGCCCUGCUGCACAGCCUGCUGACGGCGCCAGAGUCCAACACGGCCCAGAUCUGGACCAGCACCGUGGAGAAGGUGCUGUCGCGGGCUCUGAUGUACAUCCCUCAGCUGGGCAAGUAUGCCGAGAGCAUCCUGGAGAGCGGCGGUAGCAGCGGCCGCAAGCUGUCCAAGCUGCAGGCCAUCGGCAGACAGGCGGUGGCCGCCCUCUGCGCCCUGGGCGGCUUCAAAGAGACCAUCAAGAUCGGCUCCGAGGUGCAGGUGCUGGGGAAAGGGAUUCUGGGAAGUGUGGGUGUAGUCAUGUCCAUCAACGAGCAGGAGGGCAUUGCCACUGUCAAGUUCCCAUCCUGUGAUUACCGGAAGACCUGCAAAGCCUCCGAUGUCCUCACAGUGCCUAUUUCACGCCUCUGUACACCACGCUCCGAGGCCUUACCUCUAUACAAGCUCUCCAUCACUGAGAAGGUGGUGCAAGCUGUACAGUCCAUGCUUCUACCACAAGAGGGCAGCCUCUCCAUCCACACAUCGCUCCCAGCCUCCGGGGAUGGCUCCAGUCCUGUCAUGGCGGCGGUGCGCCUGCUGGCUGAGAUCCGCACUCGAGCAUGUCUGGUGAUGGCCCAGCUGCUGGAGGACAGCUCGUUCUGUGAGGAGUUCAUCCAGCAGUGCCCCGCCGCCGUGGAGGUGUUGAACCUGGUGGCCCAGGAGUGCAGCCCCGGAGAGCGACUGUGUGUGGUUGAGGCCCAAUGUGAGCGCCUGAGGAUGCUGUACCGGGACUGUGCCCGCCCCCCACCCCCGCCUCUCCAGACCGACCGCAGACAGCCCAAAGAGAUCACCUGGUGCCCGUCCCGGGUCUUCCCGCCGGUGCGUGCCUGCAUGUUCUCCUCCCGCUUGACCUCCGUGACCUUCCUGGCUGACCCCAGCGCCGGUGGUGGUCUGCCCCGGGGCACAUUCAUCUACGCUACCUCGCCCGUGCCCGUGCAGGCUCCCUCCUUCUACUGGGAGAUAGAGAUUGUGUCCUACGGCGAUUCGGACGACGACAGCGGGCCCAUUGUGUCCUUCGGAUUUGCGACGGAGGCUGAGAAGAGGGAUGGGGCCUGGACCAACCCUGUGGGCACGUGCCUUUUCCACAAUAACGGCCGGGCGGUGCACUACAAUGGGUCCAGCCUGCUGCAGUGGAAGAGCGUGAGGCUGGACGUCACUCUGCUUGCUGGUGACGUGGCUGGGAUUGGCUGGGAGCGUUCGGAGGGCACGCCCCCUCCCCCGGGACAGGCCCCCAAGGGCCGUGUGUACUUCACCUACUGUGGCCAGCGGCUCAGCCCCUUCCUGGAGGAUGUGGCAGGUGGAAUGUGGCCCCUAGUGCACAUCCAAAAGAAGAACACGAAGAUUCGCGCCAACUUCGGCUGCCGACCGUUUGCGUAUGCGGAGGGCCAGGCUCACCGCAACGCCGCCGACCUCUGCGUCGAUCUGGCUCAGGAGAUCAGCGCCAACUUCGAGGUGCUGCCCUUCGCCAUGGCCUCCGACAGUGACAACGAUGCCGGUGCCAGCGUGGCCUCUGACUCGGGCUCUCACGGGCCGCCCUGCCGCAUCGCCGCCGUAGCUACUGCCCUGCAGCAGUACAACAGCGACUUGUCCUGCCACUACAAGGUGGAGCUGAGUUACGACAACCUUGUCACGUCGGGGCCUGACCCCCACCCACCUCCCAUCGCCGACGACGAGAGCGAUGAUGAUGACGACGAUGACGUUCCCAGGGAGGAUCACUACGCCCUCUUGGUGAAAGCCUGGGAGACCAAGGUUUUUCCCACCAUUCGGCGCCGUUUCCGGAACGAAGCAGAAAGGAAGUCUGGCCUGGAUCAGAUUAAAGGGGCACUGCAGUUGGGUAUGGUGGACAUCGCCCGGCAAACGGUGGAGUUCCUGUAUGAGGAGAAUGGGGGUAUUCCCCGUGAUCUCUACCUGCCCACUAUAGAGGACAUCAAGGACGAGGCCAACAAGUUCACCAUCGACAAAGUCCGCAAAGCAGGUCUGACCGUGGUCAUCCGCUGCCCAGAUAGCAACAACACCAACAGCACCACCGGGGGCACGGCCCUCCCCAAGUUCGCCAUCCGGGGCAUGCUUAAGACCUUUGGCCUGCACGGGGUGGUCUUGGAUGUGGAUUCGAUGAAUGAACUGGUGCAGGUGGAGACAUACCUGCGCAGCGAGGGCGUUCUUGUGCGCUACUGGUACCCCAUAGAGAUGCUGGAGCGCCCCCCAACAGGCUCCCGCCGCACUGCCGCCAAUGGCCUAGUGUCCCUGGACAGCAGCAACAUCCAGAUCCACAGGGAGCUGCUUCGCUGCGAGGGGGGGCUGGCGCGCCUCUACUGCCGCAUGGCCCUGCUCAAUAUCUUCGCACCCAAGAGCCCCCACACCUUCACCCGACUCUUCCACAUUCCUGCCGUGCGUGACAUCACCCUAGAACACCUCCAGCUGCUGUCCAAUCAGCUGCUGGCACCCCCUCUCCCAGAUGGCACCAUUAGCUCCACCUCCAUCCUGCUGGCUCAGUCGCUACUGCACAACCUGCAGGGCCAGAGCUGCUCACCCACAGACCUCUUCUACCAGGGCAAUGCGCGGCCCAUCCGGGAGUGGCUGACGGUGGCCAUCACACGCGCCCUGCACCAGGGCGAGGAGAGCCUGUUGGAGCUCACCAAGCAGAUCUGCUCCUUCCUGCAGAACGCACCCGAGCAGUUUACAUCGGAGGAGUUUCCCGUUUCGGAGUCCAAGGUCAGCAUGGACGUGAACUUCCCUGGUGCAGCUUUUGUCGUCGUGUCCUGCAAGGAGGGCCAGCUAGGAUGCCGCAAAGACUCCUCCCUUUACAAGGCCCCCUGGGCUCGAGUCAUGGUGUAUGGCCUGGGGCACAAGGUGCGACGCAAUGGGCAGCUGAGCCUGACGGAGGCCGUGUGCUACCCGCUGGAUGCCUCACCUUCUAACACGGGCCUUACUCCCCCACCCACCACCAACCAGUAUCCCUCUAUCAUCAUUCCCACGGACAAGGUGCACAUCAAGCUGGGCGUGUCGCCCCCUCCUGGAGCCGUGCUGGCCCUGCACUCCCUGCCGCUGGAGUUCCCGCUGGCCCUCGCCUUUGCCGAGCAGCUGCUGACGUGGACGCUGGGCGAGGAGGGCGAGCGGGCGGAGGAUGAGCCGGACACUGUGCCCUCCUCGGUGCUGCUGCAAGUGGUGGAGCUACUGGGCGGCUUGCUGUGGACCACCGACCUGGCGCCCUGCAUCAAGGAGCUGGCCUUCCACCUUCUGGCCGAGCUCCUCCGUAAGAUCCACCAGCUAGAGCAGAGGCGCACCUCCACUGGCAUCUCCAGCUCCAUCGCGCUGUUGCUCAACCCCUGCCUGGCCGUGCUCAUGGCACUGCAGACGGAGCUGCGCAAGCUAUACGACCGCGAGACGCAGUGCUGGGCAGCGUCGGGGUCCGGGGUUUCGGCCGGCGGGGCCCUUGGCCUCGGGGUCGAGCAAGGACGCUUCUCCACCUACUUCCACGCGCUGACGGAGGUGUGCCUGGCCGUGGCCGAGGUGACACUCCCGCUGAACAUGAGCGGCACCGCCAUGGGCGCCCUGUCCUCCGGUGCCACGCCCAGCCUCAGUGACUCUUCCUCGUCGUCCUCCUCAUCACCGGGGCAGACGCCGCAGAGCCCCAGCCUGCUGUCCAAGCGCAAGAAGGUCAAGAUGAAGCGAGAUCGGGCGGCAGCGGCCGCCGUGGCUGCAGCGGCUGUGGCCUCCAGCAAACGAGGGGGCGUGUCCGGCUCGGUGGGGACCGGGCCCCGCCUCUCGGACAGCGACGGCGCCCUGCUCAGCAUAACCGCUGGAAAGCCAGAGGACAUGCUCUGGUUCCACCGCGGCCUCACACUGCUCAUGAUCUUGCGGCACCUGGCCAAGAAGGACCCGCAGGGACUGGGCGUCACCAGUGACGCCAUUGCAGACGCCUGUCAGGCUUUGGUCGGCCCUACUGCCCACAGCCGCCUGCUGGUCCUGUCCGGCAUCCCCACGCACCUGGAGGAAGCUACCGUCCGCGCCGCCAUCCGUCGCGCUUGCAAUGCUCACGGCGGCCUUUUCAAGGAUGAGAUCUUCAUCCCACUGCAGGAGGAGGAUCCCAAGCGGCCCAAGCCGGCUGCUCAAGAGGCCAAGGCCGCCACCGCCGCCACCCCUGGGCCCGAGCGGCCACCCUCAUUGGGGGGGAACGAAAGCCCCGACAGCUCCAGCAGCGUGACCCCCGCCAUGAGUGUCACCGCCUCCGCCUCCACCAGCCAGACCUCCAUCUGCAGCUCCUCUCAGGGCGUGUCACGCACCGCCAGCGAGCUCUCGGUGGACCAGGAGCUGAUGGCCGCCCCAACCGCCGCUACCGCCACCAUCGCUGCCACCGGACCUCUGCCGCAGCAGGGGCUCCUGGAGCCGCACACGGUGUCCAGCCAGGAGAGCCUGGACAUCUCGCUGUGCAGCACCGGCAGCCUGGGCAGUCUGGGCAGCUUGGGGGAGCAGCUGGACAGUGGCGACAGUGCCUCGGUGUCCGACGGGGGCUCCAUGUACACUGUUACCUCGCUGGAUAACAAUGCUGUCAUGAGCCGGCCCAUUAAAGGCUAUGCUGUCAUUGAGGUACGAGCACGGGCGAAAGUGGAGAAGAUCCGGGCCAGCCUCUUCAACAGCAGCGACCUGAUUGGCCUGUCCAGCCUGGAAGGGGAGGAUGAGCUGAUGGAAAUGACGAAUGAGGAGAUCCUCACUGCCUCCAGUGUGAACCAGAGCCUGUUUGACACGCAGGGAAGCUCUGCCCUGGAGGACUAUUUUAUGGACAAAUCCCUCAGAGGUGACAAGCUGGUGCCGGGCGCCCGUGACGUGCUGAUGGAGAUCUUUAAGAGCUGCGUCCUCUCGGAGCAGUUGCUGAGCCUGACCCCCGCCAAGCCCAUCAAGGUGUCCGACAUCUACCUGAGCAAGGAGCAGAUCAACGCACAGACUCCUGGGAACCUGCUGCACCUUUUCUUCACUAAUGUGAGGCCCCCCAACAAGGUGUUGGAGGACCAGCUCACUCAGAUUCUCCGAAAAUAUGGCGUUCCCAAGCCCAGCAAGAGCAAGUACAGCAAAGCAGGCAAAGAGCAGCACCAGGGCAAGGUGGUGAGCACCAAGCGGCCAGUCACCAAGCCACCCACUAAGGAGAAGUCCGUGCUGAACAGCGUCAGGACCGCGCUAAGUGAGAAGAAGCCAGUCCUGAAGCCAAAGUCUCCAGAAAAGUCUAGGCCUGACGAGAAGGACAUGGAGAAAUCGCCGGCCAAGAAGCAGGAAGUCCCCGAGGAAAAAUACCUGACCCUGGAGGGCUUCCACAGGUUCACAGUGGACCGUGCAAAGCAGGACAUCCGCAGUGUUUGGAGGGCCAUCCUGGCCUGUGGCUACGACCUGCACUUUGAGAGGUGUACCUGCAUCGAUACUCGCCACGCCCAGAAGGCUUCUAAGAAGUGGACCCUGGAGAUGGACGUGGCAUUAGUGCAGCAUGUCAACCGGCUGUGUCGACACCUGGCCAUCACCCCCAGCCGGCUGCACCCACACGAGGUCUACCUGGACCCAGCAGAUGCAGCCGAUCCGCGCGUGGCCUGCCUCCUCGGUGUUCCCAGUGAAAGUCUCCGGCUUCGCUUCGCCCUGCUCCAGUCCCUCAACAGCACCCUGGAGAGCUUCUUCCUUCCGCUGAUCGAGCUCCGACAAACCACCAGCUAUCAGAACAGCAUCGCCGCCCUGCUGUGCGAAGCCAAGGGACUGAUAUUCUACGACACCAAAGUGACGGUAAUGAACCGCAUGCUGAAUGCCACCGUGCAGCGCACAGCUGACCACGCCGCACCUGAGAUCACCCUGGACCCGCUGGAGAUCGUGGGAGGGGAGAUCCGCUCCUCGGAGAACACCUACUUCUGCCAGGCUGCCCGGCAGCUGUCCUGCGUGCCAUCCUCGCAGCUCUGCGUCAAACUGGCCAGCGGCGGCGACCCCACCUACGCCUUCAACAUCCGCUUCACCGGGGAGGAGGUGCAUGGCACCAGUGGUUCUUUCCGCCACUUCCUGUGGCAGGUGUGUAAGGAGCUCCAGAGUUCGGCCCUGUCCCUGUUGCUGCCCUGCCCUAGCUCUGCUGCUAACCGGAACAAGGGGAAGUACAUUCUGACGCCCUGCCCCAUCAGCUAUGCCGAAGAGCAGCUGCUGCACUUCUUUGGGCAGCUUCUAGGCAUCGCCAUCCGGGCUGACGUGCCGCUGCCCCUGGACCUUCUGGGCUCAUUUUGGAAGGGUCUCGUGGGAGAGCCGCUGGACCCUGAUGUUGACUUGCAGGAGGCAGACCUGAUCACCUACAACUACGUCAAGAAGUUUGAUAACGUGAGCGAGGAGGCGGAGCUGGAGGCUCUAUGUGCGGAGAUCUCCUCCCAGCAUCACUCAGGCGAGAGUCCCGACUCACCCAGCCGGCCGUGCUGCACCUUCACCUAUGUCACCAUGACUGGGGAGGACGUGGAGCUGUGUCCUGGGGGCCGCAGCCUCUGCGUCAGCUGGGAGAAUAAGGAAGUGUAUGCGCGUGCAGUGAGGGCGCUGCGGCUACGCGAGCUACAGAACGCUGAGUGCAUGGCGGCCGUCAGGGCGGGGCUCGGCUCCAUCAUCCCUCUGCAGCUGCUUACCCUGCUCAGCCCCCUGGAAGUGGAGCUGCGUACAUGCGGGCUGCCCUACAUCAACCUGGAGUUCCUCAAGGCACACACUAUGUACCAAGUGGGCCUCAUGGAAACCGACCAGCACAUAGAGUUCUUCUGGACUGCCCUGGAGAUGUUCACUCAAGAGGAGCUUUGCAAGUUCAUCAAGUUUGCCUGCAACCAGGAGCGCAUCCCAUUCACCUGCCCCUGCAGGGAUGGUGGGCCCGACACGGCCCAUGUGCCCCCCUACCCCAUGAAGAUUGCGCCACCUGAUGGGGCAGCAGGCUCGCCUGACUCGCGAUACAUCCGCGUGGAGACCUGCAUGUUCAUGGUGAAGCUGCCUCAGUAUUCCUCCCUGGAGGUCAUGCUGGAGAAGCUGCGUUACGCCAUCCAUUACCGCGAAGACCCCCUUAGCGGCUGAGGGGCGGCCCCUCCCUGCCCUCCCACCCCUGUGUUUUCUCCAGGGUUCCUUUUUGAGGAAAGAGAGGCGGUGUUAGACCUUUUUAAAUUAAUUUUAAUUUUUUUUUUUUUUUUUUUUUAACGGGAACACCGUGUGUUCAGGCAUCUCCGGAGUAGUCAAUGGUGUACAUUCUCACACACGUUUCUGCUGUAUGUCCCAACAAUGGGGCGUUCCGUACCUGAAGUGUAUUAUGGGCAUUUUGUGAAAUAUCUCCAUCUCCUUGGCCAUCCCCCCCCCCCCAUUUUUCUCUCUCUCUCUAUUCUUCUGUUUUGGCUCUGGAUGCCACCCCCUUCUCAAGAAGGAGAGGGAAGUCACUUUGUGGGACUCCAGCCACUGCUAAUCAAAAUGCCAAAAAAAAAAAAAUUGUACAGAGGUGAAAGGUCAAAGGCCACCAAGUGAAGUGGGAGGGUCAUGACUGUCCUACUAUCCUCUUCAUUAAAGCAGCAGGUGUGACAGGUCCUCCUCAAAGCCUCGCUGUGCUCUCGGGAUGAAGCUGGCUGUGGGAUGUGGCCCGUUUCGGAGGUGUGCCGAGAUCGGGGUCCUGCCACCUGCUGGCUGCUCAUCUACAGUGCAGGCCUAGCAUGCGGGCAGCGCUGUGGACGACACUGUAUAUUUCUGCAUAAAAAGCUGCAUCGUUAAAGGACGACUUAUCUACCUAUGUUAAAGGGUGCAUAUAUUCAAAUCUAUAAAGACGUCAUGUAUAAAAGUAUUAUUCGAAGCAAAGCUGCCCCCCUGCACUGGACUGUAGAGGGUGAUUGUUUUCGGUUUGACUAGCUGUUGGCGACACAAGUGUGGGGGGUGGUGUGUCCCCCCCACCCCCCUCAAAGGAAGAUAGUGUGCUGCUUAGCCAGACCUGUGCAUUCUGGGAUGCUCAGGUGCCCCCCCCACCUCCGUAGGGCCUGGUCUAUCAGUGAUCGCCUUUAGCUGAGGGCCAGCAAACAGGCUUUUGUGUUUUUUUUUGUUUUUUUUUUUUUUUUUGGUAAUUUUUUUUUUUGCCGCCUCCAAAACAAACGUUUUCCGCUUUGUAAAGAAACAUGUACUUUAAGGAAAUGUAAAUAGUAUUCUACAUUUGACUUUGACAGCCUUGGAAAAGGCAGUUUCACUUCACUUAGGGUUUCUUAUUUUCUUCCAGAUAGGUUAUAAAAAUUGUCUGAAUGUGAAUGGUCUGCAUUGGGUUUUUUUUUCUUCCCUCACUUUUUUCCAGUUUUGAAAAUGACCAGUAAUGUAUCACUUAAAUAUUGUAUCUCAGAUGGAUUCUAUGUUCCUUAUUCCUUUGGUGAAAAUGCGUUAUGUUGUGUAAGUGAGAGGCUCCGUCUUCUUUGCCUGGCCCGCGUGCUGUGACAGCCGGCUCCUCUGGGAGGUGCUGUCAUUUUCCCGAGUGACAGGAGUUGGUUGUUUGCCAAUAUAUAUAUAUAUUUUUUGUUUAGUUCUUUUAAAGGUGAGGAUAGCCGUGACAGAUAAACGCUGCUAACCAAGCUUCUCACUAGCAAAGAAAGCGUUGAGGACAAAAGGACACACACAUGUUGCAGUAAAGUGUGCUGUACAUUUACUUGAUAUUUAUUACUAUUUAUGGUUGGAUUAACUUUUCUGUCUACCCUCUGCACAUCAGAAUCUAACACGGAUGUCUGAAUAAAGUUCUACAGAGGAGGAAAAAGCGACUUCGAGAUUCCUGUGUAACAAUAAAGAGGUUGUCUUGAUGUAA